AUGGCCUCCGAAGAUGAAGACUACUUCCUCCCACUGGAGCAAGUGCGCCCGUUCAGCUCCGGUGUCCGUCGCAAACGUGUGCAGUUCGUGCGCUCCUCAGAUCUAGACACAACAGCAACUCCAACUCCCGCCUCAUCCUCCGGCACCAGCAUCGCGGAUACAUACCUCUCUAUUGUGAUGAAGCAAGCACCAAGUUCACCAAGUUCACCAAGUUCACCAAGUUCACCAACACAGUGUGCACCAUCGCCACCAAUCCGCACACAGUCCGCGCCGCCAGCUCAAGCUAUAAUCCCGCCUCCACCAACAGUGACAGUGCCCGCGGCCCCAGAAUUCUGCGACGUGUGUAAUAUACCUCUUCCACCACAAGACAUAGAAGAUGCAACAGGCAAAAAACACCGCCCACACGAAGCAUCUCUCGUGCAUCAAAUCUGUCUCACUCAUUCACACCCGCCAUCGCACCUCGACCGCACGCGCCAAGGUCUCCGAUACCUCUCUACCUAUGGCUGGGAUCCUGAUAGCAGGCUUGGUCUCGGUGCACCCGGCCGUGAGGGUAUUCGUGAACCUAUCAAACCUCGUGUCAAACUUGGUACUGCUGGACUGGGGACUGGGCUUGAUCGAGAUGGAGAUCCGUUGCCACCUAGACCGGCGCCCACGAAAGUGCAGAAGCUCAAUUCUAAACAGAUGCGGAUUAAGGUUGCGGAGGAUAAGAAGAGGGCAGAGAGGAUUAGGAAGGCUUUUUAUCAGAAUGAUGAUGUUUUGAAGUAUCUUGGGGAGGGGGUUUAG